ACGUGAGUUUAGUGUCGAAAAAGUGUUUUUCCUAGUUUUUUCUGAAUAUUUUGAUAAAAAAACAUUUAUAAAAUGGUUCGUAAGUGUCAUGCAUGUGGUAAAUUGGACUCAUACAACCCCAAUUUGAGUUUUCACAGAUUUCCUUCUGAUAUUGAGAGAAAGAAUAUAUGGCUUUCAAUUUUGGGCUUAGAUGAUACAAGAAACUUGCCACAGAAUAUGUUCUUAUGUUCAGAACAUUUUGAACCCAAAGAUUUUGGUUUUCGGGUGAAUGGUACCAAAUAUCUUAAAAAUGAUGCCAAUCCUAUUCUAAUGAAACAAUUCUUUGGACUUACGUCUUCAAGCUCCAGUUCCACUGUGAAUGAAACUCCUCUAAGUGCUAAAAGAGAUCAACUUCCAUCCCUUGAUGAAGAAAUUUAUCAGAAUAUAGAUGCUAUUGCUUGUUCUCCGAAGAGAAGGUAA